AUCCUUCAAAGGUAUAAAGCAAAGAUCUUCCCCUUCAUUAGUAGCAACCUGUGCGCGCAUUUGCGCGAGUUUGUUACAUAAGGUUAUACUACCAAUGAUAGAGUGGGGUUUUACUACUUGGCAUGCUCUCUAUCCUCUUCCUACACAUUUCUCAUUGGUAGUUGAAGCUCAUGAUUAAUAUUGUGGAGAUUUUGUUCCCGAUAAAAGUUUCAUCGGGACUCAUAAUAUGCAUUUGGUGAUUUGAGUCGGUUUGGUAGGUGACCUCAAACUUGCUCAUGGUAGUUGGCUGAAAUCUUGGCAGUGGGUUGAUAAUUGAAGGGUUUCCUAUUUCUCGAAUUCUGGUUAUCUACUUUUGGUAUUGGAUUUUUUGGUGGGAAGUUAUUACAUGUUAUUUUCUCUUUUUGGAUCUACCGGUUUCUCUAGGCAUCAUGGAGGUUAUCGAAGCUCGCCAUAUCCAAAUGGCGGAUAAUAUGUCAACGUUAGAACCACAUUGGGGUUAUGUUGAUCGUAUAUUGCCAUGUAAGAAUGAUCCUGGCUCGUGUGAAUAUUUGGAUACUGUUUAUGUAAGUCAUUGUACUGACCAUCCCCUCCAAAGUUCAGACCGACCCCCUAUAUAAGAUUCGCUUCCACAAUAUAAUCCAGUACUACGUACAAGCUUUACUUUAAUGCUGACCACUCAUAGCAUACUCAUGAUUUAUCAAUGCUCUACACUUUCAUUCUAUGGGCAGUCAUCGGAGGUCUUCUUGUUAUACUCACCAUACUUCGUUUCAUGAAGCCCUCAGGGCGAACUACCAACAAAGCGAGUGACUUCGAAACUCAAAGCAGAGUGAGCAAUUCGUCUUGGUAUUAUCGUUCAUGGCGAGGAGCAACAGCUACUUUCCGACGAUUUCUUCUUCCAGAGAGUUUUGUCAAAUUCUUCGGACAUGUUACCAGAUUGCAAGUAUUGAUACUAGCGAUCUUACUAGGUUAUUUACUCAUAUUCACGUAAGUCAUGUGUCCUAUUCCAAGGACUUUCCUAACAUACAAUAGUUUCGUCGGAGAAGUCUAUAAAAGAUGGAUAACUCCAGUAAAAAAGACGAAUUUAUUCAACACCCGGUCUGGACUCGGCGGCUUUUCCGAUCGUGUAGGAGCAUUCGCAUACGCAUUAACACCCUUCACCGUUCUACUUAGUUCUCGUGAAUCAGUUCUUAGUCUCGCUACCGGAAUUCCAUAUCAAUCAUUCAACUUUUUACACCGCUGGACUGGUCGUGUCAUCUUUAUUCAAUCGGCUGUACAUGCUUUUGGUUGGACACUUAUCGAAGCACGAUUAUAUCAACCACAGCCUACCACUUUCCAAGAUUGGAUAAAACAGCCAUAUAUGAUUUGGGGUUGCGUUGCAUUAAUAUUCCUUUGCUUUUUGUACGUCUUUAGUAUUCGAAGGGUUAUUCGAUGGACAGGAUAUGAAUUUUUUAGAAAGACUCAUUAUGUGGUAGCUUGUUUAUAUAUUGGUGCGUGUUGGGGCCAUUGGCAACAACUCAAAUGUUGGAUGAUUGCCUCUCUCGGAUUAUUUUUCAUAGAUCGAGGUGUAAGGAUACUCCGAACUUUGCUCAUUCACGUUGGCUAUUUCGACGCCAAUGGAAACGCAGGUAAGCUAACAUCAUUUUCCAAUAAUCCCAUGAAAUAAAUUAACAACAAACCCAGGUCUCGGAUUCCACCCCGCUCAAUCAACACUUCAAUACUUCGACGACAAAGACGGCGGAGUAAUCCGUCUCGAAUUCAACCACAGACAUGCACCAUGGUCCCUAGGCCAGCAUUUCUUCCUCUGUUUCCCCGCCCUCAAUAUCUGGCAAUCUCACCCGCUAACCAUCGCAUCUCUACCCUCAAAUCACCACACCUACAUCAUCCGAUGCCGAUCCGGCGAAACCGGAAAUCUCAAAACCCUAGCCCUGAAUAAUCAACUCACCACCCCCGUAAUCCUCAGCGGACCAUACGGAGAACCUCUCUUAAAACCCAACGAAGAACCAACCAAUAUCCUAGCCAUAGCCGGCGGAACAGGUAUUUCAUUAACAUUACCUCUUGUUCUAGCAGCCACUGCUAGCAACGCUACGAUUUAUCAAGGAAGAGCUAUCGAUUUUAUCUGGAUCAUACGACGAAGUUCGUGUUUAGAGUGGAUUAACGAGGAAUUGGAGAUGAUCAAACAGAGAGCGCGGGAUACGAAAUUAAAUCUUAACGUGCAUAUCUAUAUCACGCAAGAAGAAGAACCAUCUUCAUCCUUAGAAGAAAAGACGGACAAAAAUAUGUGGAAUGAUGAGAAAAUAAUAAAAAAGGAGGAUAAAAUCGCAACCUUGAUAACGGGUUCGAGCUCGGAAUUGAAUGUGGAGAAUUCAGGGGUGGGAUACAAAAUAUCCUAUUUGGGUGGUUGUAAAUGCCAUCAUCCGGAUCUGCAAGGGCUAGUUAAUAGAUUUAUGGAUGAGAGAGCGGGAGAGGCAUAUAGGACGAGGGUGGUAGCGAGUGGACCAAAGGAGAUGGGAAGGGAUUUGAGGAGAGCGGUUGCGGGGUGUUGUGAUGGAGGGAUGGUUUUUAGGGGGAAGAAAAGAGGUGAUGUGGAGUUGGUUUGGGAUGCUAGGGAUUAGUUUUUUGGGUGUGGAUGGGUUUUUUGUGGGUUUUAUGAUGUUAUGAAUUAUUUAUGUGUAUAUGAGAAUGAAAAUGGGGUUAUAGAAUUAGAACUGUAAUGGUCAAUUAGCAAUAUAAUGUUUUGAACGUCUCGCUUGUGACUGUCGCUAAAUCUAUCAUGUUGAAGAUGGUUUAGUUCAGUCUGAUGGUAUCGAUUUGUUCAACAUCAAGCUUUGAACGAUACGAAUUGUAACUGUACGAUCUAUGCUGCCCCGAGGCU